GGAGCAAAUCCACUCCACACAAACCCGGCGGUAAUCGUUUGGCUACCAUUUGCCGGCACUGAGACGUCUCGUACUGAUUCUCCAUUGAAAUGUUGAAUGUCGUACUAAAGUCGGCCACGUCCCCUCGACGUUGUCUGGGUACUGUUGAUCAGAAUUACAACAACCUCAGCAUCUAUCAAUUAUCGCUUCUCUACAAUGCCACUGACUACACGUCGAGCUUGGGAAACCGACACUGAACUCGGUCAACUGCUUGAUAAUGAAGAUUACUACGACCAGUGUCCUGUCCUCGUGCACAUACCAGAGGCGGCAACUUUUGGGGUGGUCCAGACCAAUACACCCGCCGAAAAUUUAUGCAGGAUGAAGAGCCUCGAAAUUACGACUACAGCGAGCGAGUCUGACAUUGAGACGCCGCCUCCCAAAUCCGUUCAUAACGGUGGAAUUGUGGGCUUACUGGGUGCCAGUCUCCAGUACGAGAAGAAGCGGGUCAAGUUGCCACCUUCUUUUCUCUUUGGUCGCCAGACGAAGAUGAAUGAUAUCGUCCUUGGUCCACUCUUCUCCCAAGUGAGCCGGCAUCACUUUGCUCUAGGGCUCUGUAAAGGCCAGUGGGCCGUCCUUAAUCUCUCUCCUAACGGGACAUGGGUUAACCAGUACUUCCUAUGUGGAGAGGAGAAUCUGUGCGCACUGCACCCCGAUCAGGGUAAUGAGAUACGAUUUGGGGGUCUACGACUCACGAUCUACUGUCGUCAUCCAAGCAUGGCCAAGGCUUUCGAUCUUUGGCCCGCACGUUUCCUGGAUACACCAGAUUCGGGUGGGGGAACGCCCGCGACCAGUAUCGCCAGCUCUCCCAGGUCAUUUGGUGUGGACAUUGACCCGCAAAUUCCGCGUAUAUAUUACCUGAAGAACAGAAGCGUCUCUUCUUAUACGACUUCGAGAGUAGUAGCGGAGAGAUUCCUAGCCCUCGACGCCAAAACUUGUGAUGUUUAUGUCGCUAAGGUCGUCGAAUUCUUGGAUAUACGAAAAACCAAAAGAAAGCUUGAGCUUCUGCAGCCAUUGCCCAAGACGCCAUCUAGCAGAUUCCUUCACGGUCACACUAUAGUUGCAGACACAGACCGAGCAUACGUCCUAUCCCACUUCAGAGACGACAUCCAGGAAAUAGGAAAGGUGUCAGACCUAGUACACGAUGUAAUGACCAGGAAGCAAUGCCAAGCAGUGGCGCGUCAACUCCUCCAGAACUUACUCAGGGCUGUUUCAUCUCUGCACAGCUUCAAAAUCUCACAUGGAGACCUCGGCCUACACUCCGUAUUUUCCACCUCGGUGUACGACUGCGACCAGCUGUACAUCUCUGGCUUCUCUGAAGCAUCCGUGCUUACGGAGGAACGGGCAAAGAAGGACUGCCUAGCCAUUUUCAAAGUCGUCAGGACCUUUCUUCGCGAGGAACCCGACAUUGCAUGGCUUUCCAAUGAACACUUGGAUCCACUAUGGAGGAUGAUGUUCAGGAACGAAAGGGCGUGGUCCACGACAGCCAUUGGGCUUUGCGAGCAGAUGAAUCUCACACAAGAGGAUGGCAGUGAGAUGUGGACGCUGAUGACUAUAUCUCGGCAUGUCAAUAUUCGCUCUAAGACUGAAAAGAGCGAAGUGUGGCUCAAGGCCGACGAUAUCAGAGAAUAUGUAUCAUUGGAAGUUAUGAAGAGAAAACUGGCGACCCCAGCUGCGGCUCAGAAGGAUGUCGACACGGCCGUUUCAGCUCUGAAGCACUAUGUUCGAGAUGAUUAUAUCUCGAGACUCGACUUCGACAGAUUUUCACUACAUAUGGCUCGGCACCACGCGAAGUAUCUUGGGGUCGAGCAUCUUUUCCAGCCCGGAAUCGCCAGCAGCAGCAGUCAAUCACCGCCGAUCCUAGUGGCCAGUGUCGGCGUCAAGCUUCCAUACCAUGCCCGGUACGGGCUCAUCAGUCUCUCAGGCCUGAUGAAGAUUGCCCCGAUAUCCUCUCCCGACGCUAUCCCGGGGGCGAUCGUGGAUCUUCUUACAAAGUGUUACGAAAUCCGGGGUCACUGCGCAGGGACUUACGUCUCUGUCGGGGAGCUAGAGGAGCUUGCCGGUUUGCUUGGACUUGAAUAUCCUGAUGGAGUCAUUCUUGAUCGAUAUGACAGGUCGCUCGAACAUUACACACACUCAAAAGGCUGGUUCUUACUAUCGCCUCAUGAGUCGUCCGAACUCGUUCCGGUCACGAGGGAAACUCAUUUAGUCUCAGGUAGGUCGUCACUUGGGUCGUACUUGAAGGAGCACAUGUCUCAUACACCGCUGGAUGCAAUGGUGGAACAAAGUCCACAAGAUCUUAUUGCCCAUCAAGGCUACUCAAAUGCCGUGCAUUCAUGUACAAUUUCUUCUUCGGAUGAUUCGGUAGCAUUCGCAUUUUCCAACUCAAAACGUAAGGUAGAAUCUACGAGGACCGAGGACUGGGUGCUCUGUACAGUCGGGAAGCGGAAAAGAAGUCGGGCAAGACAGGCAGACAUGAUCAGGACUGAGUUUGUAAAAUCUUCAAGGCACAACUAAAUGAGAGACGAGAACUUGGACAUUAUAGCUGAGCCUAACAUAAAACCACUGUGCUUUUAUUGCCGCCUAGCAGCCA